GCGAGUGGGUGUUUGUAUAAAAUUACAUUCAUCUAUUUUUAAACAAAGUCGCAACAUAUAUUUUAUACAUUUGACUUGACUAAAUUCAAACGAGUGCGCUUUUCUCAAUGUGGCAGCUCAACAACAAAAACAACAACAACAACACAAAGCCCAUUGCCUUAUCUGCACUGGAGUUGAAGCGUAUGUGAAGAGUGUAAAGUGGUUGGGCGCCUUGCACGUUGUGGUUACAUUUGGGCAAAGCGCAAAAUUCUCGAAAUAUCAAAAAAGAAGCAAAAAGAGGAAAAACGCUUGACUUAAGCAACUAAGAGCGGAGGGGAGAGCAGCAGCUGAAAUUGUUAACCUUUUGGGGAUAUCAAGCAUUUACGAUUCGUAGCGCGGCAGCCAACGGCGGCAGCAGCAACAUUUAAGUUUUUAUCAGCACAAAAUAAAGUUUUGCUGUACGGAUUGAGCCAACUCGCUUGAGCAGCAGCAACAACAACAGCAAGAGCAGCAGUAAUAACAAAAGUAGAAGCUGAAAGUGCCUUGGCAGCCACAACUACAAGUGUAUGCUGGGCCCAAAGGACGCCUGCGGAGUUUAGACAACAUUUGUGUGUGUGUGUGUUUUUUUUUUCAGCUCAAAAAAAUAACUUUUAUAUCCCUUUCGAUUUGAUUUCCUUUCCAUUUUGUUGUUUUCUUUUCUACAGCGAGUAGUUCCGAAGGAUUUAAAUUUAGCCACACCGAAUAACUUUUACUCAGCAUGAACAAGCGCAAGCAGCGUUUGUCGCCAAGAGAAGCUGCCGCAGUGGCCAACUGUUCGACUAGUCCGAGUAGCAGCAAGGCUGCCAAAUAUGAUGCUGCUAAUCAGCUGCUGGGCAUGGAGGAGCUAUCCCAGCUGGGUAGCGACGGCAUGCCUUUCAUACUGGUGGAUGCCGCGUGUGUCACAACCCGCGAGCAGUUGGAAGCUGCGCUAACGAAAAGCGAACGCAAACGCAUGGAGCGUAUUCAAAGAGAAUGCUGCGUGCUGCCGCUGCUGGAGUACACACGACCAGCAACAGUUAGCUGCGGCAUGUCGGCGGCAGAGGAGGCGGAACGACAAUUCCAGGAAGACUUGCAGCAGCUUACCUUCAAAGCGCCGCUUGAAGUUGCGGUCGACAGCCUGCCAGAGGCAGAAGAGACGCCAACGCAAACAAAUGUUAGACUGACUGAAAUACGCGCGAAGCUCGAACAAUUGCGUCAGCGAACUGUUAUGCCAAAAACAGCAGCAGCAGCAACAGAGCAGCCGCUGGCGCUCACUCUUGGUACGUUGCCAGGCAUCAAUAGACAGGCAACAUUCGAUAUACCGCGCGACAAGUCGCUGUCGCCGCGCAGGCAAAAGCUGAGCACCUAUCCAGAGCUCUCCAUGCACAGCAAGAGUGCACGCCCACUGCUGCGCAAAUAUGGCAGCACCAGCAACUUGCAGCUCAAAACUAAACGCAAUAGUCAGCUGGAGCCGCUGAAGUCGCACAGGCAAGUGCCCAAGCUGAUUAAUCAAAUUGGCGAGCUGCUCAUGCAGCUGCCGCAAGAGCAGCAGGAGCAGCAACAGUUGGCAAGCGGCUCCUUAUCCUAUAUGGUGACUAUAUCGCACCAGAAGCAAGCAACUGAGCCACCAGUUGAGACCCAGACCCCAACUACUACCACAAAUAAUCCACUCGCAUUGCCGAACAAGUCGCGCACAUAUUUGAAGAUUCCACGCUAUGUCAAUAUUGGCAAGUAGCUUCAGUUUAAGCUUUAGUUUUCGAUUCGUAUAUAUUUCGCAAUAAAAAACAGCACCGUUUAGGCCUUACUUAGUUAGUCCCACUUGGCAAGCAGGCAGGCAGUGCGCGCUUUCGUCUAA